ACUGAUGUAACUAUUUCUGCCCUAUUAGGAGCUCUUGUCCCUGGCAAAGCGGAAGCGCAGUGACUCUGAGGAGAAGGAGCCACCUGUGAGUCAGCCUGCGGCCUCGUCAGACUCUGAGACGUCCGACAGUGAUGAUGAGUGGACGUUUGGGAGUAAUAAAAAUAAGAAGAAAGGAAAAGCCAGAAAAAUAGAGAAGAAAGGAGCGAUGAAGAAACAGGCCAACAAAACUGCCUCCUCAGGCAGUUCAGACAAAGACAGCUCAGCGGAAAGCUCAGCCCCUGAGGAAGGUGAAGUGUCAGAUUCUGAUAGCAACAGCUCCUCUUCCAGUUCAGAUUCAGACUCUUCCUCAGAAGAUGAAGAGUUCCAUGAUGGCUAUGGAGAGGACCUCAUGGGAGAUGAGGAAGACAGGGCCCGUCUGGAACAGAUGACAGAAAAAGAGAGAGAACAAGAACUGUUCAAUCGCAUAGAGAAGAGGGAGGUAUUAAAAAGAAGAUUUGAAAUCAAGAAAAAACUAAAAACAGCCAAAAAGAAAGAAAAGAAAGAAAAAAAGAAAAAGCAAGAAGAGGAGCAGGAAAAGAAAAAGCUGACACAGAUUCAAGAAUCUCAGGUAACAUCCCACAACAAGGAACGGCGUUCCAAACGGGAUGAGAAACUAGAUAAGAAAUCUCAAGCCAUGGAGGAGCUAAAAGCAGAGCGAGAAAAACGGAAGAACAGAACAGCUGAGCUCCUCGCCAAAAAACAGCCAUUAAAAACCAGUGAGGUCUACUCUGACGAUGAGGAGGAGGAAGAGGAUGACAAGUCCAGUGAAAAGUCAGACCGCUCAUCCCGAACUUCGUCGUCUGAUGAGGAAGAGGAGAAAGAAGAGAUCCCUCCUAAAUCCCAACCAGUCUCCUUACCUGAAGAAUUGAAUCGGGUUCGAUUAUCACGGCAUAAGCUAGAACGUUGGUGUCACAUGCCCUUCUUUGCUAAAACCGUCACAGGUUGUUUUGUACGGAUUGGCAUUGGAAACCACAACAGCAAACCAGUCUACCGGGUCGCUGAGAUUACAGGUGUUGUGGAAACUGCCAAAGUUUACCAGCUAGGUGGCACCAGAACAAACAAAGGGCUACAAUUACGGCAUGGCAAUGACCAACGUGUGUUCCGCCUAGAGUUUGUCUCAAACCAAGAAUUCACUGAAAGUGAAUUUAUGAAGUGGAAAGAAGCGAUGUUCUCUGCUGGCAUGCAGUUACCCACUCUAGAUGAAAUCAAUAAAAAGGAAUUAUCUAUUAAAGAAGCUCUUAAUUAUAAAUUCAAUGAUCAGGACAUUGAAGAGAUUGUAAAAGAGAAAGAAAGGUUCAGAAAAGCUCCACCCAACUAUGCUAUGAAGAAGACUCAGCUGCUAAAGGAAAAGGCCAUGGCUGAGGACCUGGGGGAUCAGGACAAGGCCAAACAAAUCCAAGACCAGUUGAAUGAGCUGGAAGAGCGGGCAGAGGCCCUGGACCGCCAGAGGACCAAGAACAUAUCCGCUAUCAGUUACAUCAACCAGCGGAACCGGGAGUGGAACAUCGUGGAAUCUGAGAAGGCCCUUGUGGCUGAAAGUCACAACAUGAAAAACCAGCAGAUGGAUCCCUUCACCAGGCGGCAGUGCAAACCUACCAUUGUUUCUAAUUCCAGAGACCCAGCUGUUCAAGCUGCCAUCUUGGCCCAGCUGAAUGCAAAAUAUGGUUCUGGAGUGUUACCAGACGCUCCAAAGGAAAUGAGCAAGGGUCAGGGCAAGGAUAAGGAUCUGAAUUCUAAGUCAGCCAGUGACCUCUCAGAAGACCUAUUCAAAGUACAUGAUUUUGAUGUGAAGAUUGAUUUACAAGUUCCCAGCUCAGAGUCAAAGGCUUUGGCCAUCACCUCCAAGGCCCCGCCAGCCAAGGAUGGGGCUCCAAGGAGAUCUCUGAACUUGGAAGACUACAAAAAACGACGGGGGCUUAUUUGAGCACACCCAGCCUGCUGCUUCUGACCCUGCAUGCCCCAUCAGUGUCCCACCUUUCCUCUUCUCCUUUGAUUUGCCCUCUUUGGGCUGGAGCAGCAGUGGAACUGGGAAGAGACUCUAAACUGCCAGUCAUCUGUAAUAUAAACCAUUUGCUGUAUAGACCUCCCUUGUCUGCACACCAUCUCCCACCAACCCCCCGGACUCCACUCAGUGUGGGUCUGGGUUCUCUUGGGCUUUAUCCAUGUCUUUAGAUUUGUGUUUGCCUUUUGUUUUGUUUUUUUAACCAGCACAGUUCAUUGGCCACUCUGCACACAUUCAGUAUUACCAUGGAGCUGGGAUUCUUGCUGGAGCCCCUGGUGGCGAUAGCAGCAGCACUGGGCAGUCUCCUCUCUGGACUGCCUUGGACCCAACCAUUGAGCAUUUGGCACCUGACCCUUGUGGAGGGAGCAGGGCUUGGACACCUGCAGCCCUCCUUCCUCUCUCAUCUUUCUCUUCCUGCCUUCUCUGCGGAAGAGAGGUUUUCAAAACCGAUUUAGUUUCCAAAAAGUGUACAUUUGUGGGGAGGGAGGGGGGUCUAAUUUGAGAGAGAGAGAGAGCGCGUUUGUAUGUAUGUGUAUGUAAGUGUGUGGAUUUUUUUAUCAUUUUUAAAAAUUCAGUACUCUUUGUAUCAGUCUGUCAUGGGUCUAUAGCUGUUUCAGAUUUUUUUCAGCUGUACUUGAGCAUCUGAAACUGCAAGAAAGAAACUCAUUAAAUAUGAUUCUUCUUACUAAACAGGCCUGACUGCUGUAGCUGUGUAACUUCCCUCCCCCGCCUCUUCCCCAUCACCUCCCCAUCUUGGAGAAGACUCCCCAGUGUAGCCCCCUGCCCUGCAAGCUGUCCUGGCAGGUGGGAGGGGAGCCUGUGGCCAGGCACCGGGGACGGCAGGGACUGUGUCGUGCCCAUCCCACAGGUGCAGCCCACAGCUUCUUGGCUGAAGGUGGAACGCCUCUUCCCCACCCAGUGUACCUGUCUCUUCCUAGUAAUUGUUUUGCUGUUUUGGCAAGAAUAGUAUUUUGGUUUUUUGUUUUUUAAGAGAAAUUAUUCAACACGAAUGUGGAGAGCAAACACAAAAGAUGUAGGUUGCAGUUGUUCCAAGCAUGUGCAGUUUUGUGUGUGUGUAUACAUAUAUAUAUGGUCAGCAUAUAUAUUGUUGUGCAGCUCGGGUGAAGCCAGCAAAGAGGUGUGUAUGUCUUUAUGAAAUGUUUGAAAAGAGAUAAGCUGACUGCUUGAUAAUCAUUCUCAGGUGUAAAGCUCCAAGUGUAAAUAAAAGUGGCAUUUAGCAAAUCUUUUCAGAACAAAGUACAGCUGACUAUAUAUACCAAGAACUAAGCUAAAGAAACAGCUGAGCGCUGCUGAUUUCCACAAGAGGGAGAGGAAUCUCAAAGCUCUGCUUUGUCCUUCUUCACCCUACUUUUGUAUAAGGAAGGGGGGUGAUGGGAAAUCAUGGAGUUAAGUUGCAUUUAAGCAUAAAAAUGAACUUGGUAACUCUUCUGGGUUUAGUAAAGCCUCAGUGUUGCUUUAACUUAGUUUAUUUUUAUUUUAAAAAAGCAGCAAUGGAUGGUUUUAAAGAAGUAUUGUGACUGUGUAAAAUUGAUAAAUAUGACUGUAACAGCUGUGUGGUGGCUGUGACAGUUUGGUUGAGCAAAGGAGUGGUGAUGGACUCAUUAAAAUCAUAUAUACUUGAAUAGUCCAUUGACCAAACUCUGUAGACUGUUGUGUAAAUGUGGAAUCACAGACUGUUAAACAUUGCCUGGACUCCGGCAGAGUCCUGGAGCUGCUGGGACUUCUCCUAUCAUGACAAACUUGGACUUCUUUUUUCUUUCUGGUUUUAAAAGACAUAAAAUGAUAGAAUCCAGAAUCAUUCUGAUCCAUCAUGUAGAUCUGUAUUUAGUAUCAUUUGGAUUUGGAGAAGUGUCGAUUACAUUAUGGCUGUGUAAUAAAAUUUUUAUGAAAACUGCAUCACACUGUAGCCACUUUGCCACUACCUCCCCACAUGCAGCUGCUGAAACCAUUCCGAAAUGCCAAAGCACAGAACAGGAAGAAAAGCCAACCAAAGAAGACCAAAAGUUAAUUUAUCACCUGAGUCACCUGCUUGGUGAUUGGGAUCAAGACUGAGGACUAGUUCCAGUCUCAGCUGCAGCAGGGCCUCUGAGCCCAGGUCCUGACCAAGCGCAAGACAUUGGCUUUGUCCCACCAGCAAGGGUUUCUUGGUGGUUCAUACUAUUUCUUGUGCUGGAGAAUUGCCUCAGUGGGCCCCUCCUCCCCUCGAUGUGGUUUCAGUGUUGAAGGGUGUAGCAUCCAAGGUUGUUUUAUCCAUUUUCCAGUUCCUUCCAAGAAGUAAAAAGGCCAGUGUCCAUAUGCCUAGUUCAUAAUGUAUACAGGUCUGUUUGUUUGUCUUGCUUCUAACAGGUGCAGGGAAAAUCUACUGCCUGCAACUUCCCUUCCAAAAGAAUGCUUUUGUUUUUGUUUCUGUGAAGCCCUGACUUGUCACUCAAACUGUACAGAUAUUUGUAAAUAAACUUUAUGCCAUUUUAA